UUUUAAUUUAAAUUACGAUAUUUAUUAUUAUUUAUUAUUAAUUAUAAAUUUAUCACAAAAGGAUUAGAUGGUCAAAAAGUAAUCAUCUUUGGAGGUUCUAAUAAUUCUAAUCUUAAAUCUAAUGAAUCACUUUAUGUAUUAAAUUUAACAAAUUUUGAAUGGUAUAUUCCGAGAAUUUCCGGAAAGAUUCCGAAAAAUCGAUAUUAUCAUAAAGCAAAUGUUAUCGAUAAUUAUAUGAUCAUAUCAUUCGGACGUGGUUAUAAUCAAUCAAUUGAAAGUGACAUUUUAUUACUUGAUAUAAGUAAUAACGAGGAAUAUGUAUGGAAAUGGCUUGAGAUUAGUCAAUCUAUAGAUUUAUUAACAGAUUCAUUAAUAGAUUCAUUAAUAGAUCAAUUCAAUCUAAUAGAAUUAACGAAAACUAUAUUAAUUAUUACUUUUAUAAUUAUAACUCCUAUAUUUUACUUUAAAAAGAAAAAGAAUAAUAAUUCCAAUUGGCUUGAAGAAGCUAUUUCCAAUAAUUAUAUUAAAUAUUAUGAAUAUAAACAUUUUAGUAAUAUACAAAAAAUUGGUACCGGUUAUUUUGGAGAAGUUUUUCGUGCAAAUUAUAAAGAUUCAGAACAAUAUUUAGCUUUAAAAUCUUUUUUUAACCUUGAUAUCGCCACCAUUAAAGAAAUCAUUCAUGAGCUUAAACUUCAACGCGAAGUUGAUUUUCAUAAUAAUGUUAUUCGUUUUCAUGGAAUCGCAAAUUCUGAGUCAGGUAUGUUAAAAAAAUUAAUAACAUAAAAUAUAAUAAACGAAUUAUUAUUAUUAUUAAUUUAUUAAUCUUACUAGAAAAUCUAGAAAAUCAAAGAUGUAAUAAAUUUAUAUUAGUAUUAGAAUAUGCGGAUGGUGGUUCCCUUAGAAAUUAUUUGAAUAAGAAUUUUGAUACACUUGCUUGGAAUCACAAAUGCAAUCUUGCUCAUCAAUUGGCAUGUGCCGUUUCUUGUUUACAUGAUGAAAAUAUAUUACAUUGUGAUUUGCAUUCUGGUAAUAUAUUGGUUCAUCAAAAUGCCAUUAAAUUGGCUGACUUUGGAUUAUCAAAAAGGAUUGA